AUGUCGACCGCAGUCUCCCAGGGACCCCCUGGAAACAACUCCUUCAAGGACAAGGAGAAGCCCAUGGCGGUCCGGACGUCCAACAUUUUGGCAGCAAGAGCUGUUUCCGAUGCUAUCAGAACGUCGUUGGGUCCCAGGGGAAUGGAUAAGAUGAUCCAAACACCCAAAGGAAACACUAUCAUCACCAACGAUGGAAACACUAUGUUGAAGGAUAUGAGCGUUAUGCACCCGGCAGCUAGGAUGCUGGUUGACCUGAGUGCUGCUCAGGAUGUGGAAGCUGGUGAUGGAACAACCUCUGUUGUCGUUAUUGCAGGCAGUCUCCUGGCCGCCGCUGAGCGUCUGUUGUCCAAGGGUAUUCACCCUACCGUCAUCUCCGAGUCGUUCCAAAGAGCCGCCGCUGCUGCCGUCGAAAUCCUGCACAACAUGUCCCAGCCGAUUAACCUGGUGGACCGCUCUACCCUUCUCCAAGCCGCAUCUACCUCGCUCUCCUCGAAGAUCGUCUCGCAACACUCGGGUCUUCUUGGACCCAUGGCCGUGGAUUCGGUGCUUAAGGUCGUGGAUCCUAAGACGGCAGACAACGUCGACCUGCGGAAUAUCCGGAUUGUUAAGAAAGUUGGCGGUACUAUUGAAGACAGUGAGAUGGUUGACGGUCUGGUGUUGAAUCAGCCCGUUAUUAAAAGCAGCGGUGGUCCCACAAGAAUUGAAAAGGCCCGGAUAGGAUUGAUCCAGUUCCAGCUCAGCCCCCCCAAGCCUGACAUGGAAAACCAGAUUGUCGUGAACGACUACCGCCAGAUGGAUAAGAUCCUUAAGGAAGAACGCCAAUACCUCCUCAACAUGGUUAAGAAGAUCCAGAAGACGAAGUGCAACGUCCUUUUGAUUCAGAAGUCCAUCCUCCGUGACGCCGUCAACGACCUGUCUCUCCACUUCCUCUCCCGUCUUAAGAUCUGUGCCAUCAAGGACAUCGAACGCGAUGAAGUCGAGUUCUUGUGCAAGAGUCUUGGCUGCAAGCCCAUUGCCAACAUUGACUCCUUCACGGAGGACAAGCUUGGUACCGCCGACCUUGUUGAGGAAGUCCAGGCCUCCGGCGCUCGCUAUUGCAAGAUCACCGGUAUCAAGGCCCCUGCCAACCCCGUCAACCAGACCGUCUCGAUUGUCGCUCGGGGUGCCAACAACCUGAUUUUGGAUGAGGCUGAGCGGUCGCUGCACGAUGCCCUCUGUGUCAUCCGUUGCUUGGUGAAGAAGCGUGCGCUCAUCGCCGGUGGUGGUGCUCCCGAAAUUGAAGUUGCCCACGCGCUGGCCAUGCGCUCCCGCGAGUUGACUGGUACAGAGUCCAUCUGCUUCAAGGCAUUUGCGGAUGCCAUGGAGGUUAUCCCGACCACCCUUGCUGAGAACGCUGGUCUCAACUCUAUCCGGGUGGUCACGGACCUGCGGCAUCGCCAUGCCCAGGGCCAGCACAACGCUGGUGUCAGCAUCCGCAGUGGAGGUGUGAAGGACGACAUUACGGAAGAGAACAUCCUGCAGCCUCUGUUGGUCAGCACCAGUGCGAUUGAGCUUGCUGCUGAGACUGUGAAGAUGAUUAUGAGAAUUGAUGACAUUGCUUUGUCGCGGUAA